AUGGCAAGCCCGAAGUGCCCCGAAUGCCUGGAGCAGGAGUACCCCCAUGCACCACCCGGAGAGGAGGGUGACGGCAAUGCUGAUGAGGAGGAAACCAAGGAGAGCAACCACAGCAGUCCAGGGGAUGGCCCAAGGGAGGAUGUGCCUGGGGACCCGCUAUGCCAGGAAGGUGAGGUCUUCUACAAAACCUUCACACUCAUCAACGCUAACAGUGUGGCUAGGAAGCUGAAGCUGCUGGUGAGCCUUCAUGCCCUGGGUGGCGAGCCCAGCCACGGGGAACCCCUGUGUCAGCAGCACCCAUCCUGGAUGGACGGUGGGGCCACCGGGCCCUGUGGCGCUGAGGACACUGCAGUGACCCUGGGGAGCAACUCUGGGGAGGAGUCCGGUGACAGCCGCUCCAGCCAUGUCACUCGUGGAGCCAAGCCCCACGCCUGCGAGUUCUGCGGCAAAGCCUACUCUCACCAGGGCACGCUGCAGCAGCACCGCCGCCUGCACGCGGGUGAGCGGCCCUACGAGUGCCCCUUCUGCGCCAAAACCUACACCUGGUCCUCGGACGACCGCAAGCACAUUGCACCCACACGGCACCAGUGCAACACGCACCUCAACAACAAGCCCUUCCCCUGCCCCGACUGCGGGCACACCUUCAACGAGCCCCUCUCCCUGCUCCGCCAUCAGCGGGGACACUUCGGGGCCACGCCGUUCCCCUGCCCUGUUACUUAUUUCUGA